UGCGAGAGGAUAAUGCGCAUUACGUGCCUGCGCAAUGUCCAAAAUGGGGGUGGUUGGGCGCUCAAUAGCAUUGCAACAAUUCACGCGACCUUUUAUUUGCCAGUAGUCGUCGCUACCAAAGGAGACUUCAAAGUCAAAUCUUUUGUACGCAGUUAACAGUUAGUUGUCGCCAAAAACCCAAAUACAAUUGAGAGAAAAAAAUUAAGAAAAAAACACACAAAAAUAUUACAUUUACGAUAAAAUACGAAUAAACGUGUACUUCCAAUAUUUGUAAUAAAUAAAUAUGUAUAUAAACUAAUACGAACUCUGAUUCCUAAUAAAUUUAGUGAUUAUAAAAAUUCUUGUGUAAUUUUUCAAUUCUUACGAAUCCAUGAAAUAUUCAGCAACAGAGGCAGCAGCUCGGUUGUGAAAAGGAAACGAAUCACCACGCAAACUAAAGUCGUGCAUGAGAAGAAACUGCCGCUGUGUCACUUCGGACUUUAUCGAAUUUUCCUAAAGUUGAGCUGAGUCCAGCUCUGUAGCCGCAUCGACCGCAGAUACCUCGUCGCUACCACCCAGAGAGAAGCCACGCAACAUGAACAAACUCUGUCGUCAAGUGUCAAUUGAGUCGCCCGGACCGGUGGUGAAGAAUUGUGUCUUCAACUUUUUCGUACCUAUCGAAGACACACCGCCACAGGGUGCACGCAUCAAGAUUGUUUAUGCCGGUGCGUGCUUCCGUCGUCGCGAUCGUUCCGCUUCAAUUACCAGCAUGUCGUCCGUAUCGUCAGAUUUAAGCGAUUAUUGUCCGACUUUGCCCGCCCAGUCGUCACCUGCACAUCAGAUGCGUGAAAAUCCCGCACAUCAAGGUCUACGUGAGGGUACCAUUUAUGCCGGUUAUGAGGUAGCCGGUGUUAUCGAGUCGCUCGGCUCCGAAAUCACAGAUGCCAACAACUAUGGCCUACGUAUUGGUCAACGUGUUGUCGUUUAUCCAUUUGAUGAGGCACCAGCCGGUUAUGCCGAAUUAAUGGUUGUACCCGAUCUCAAAUAUAUAGUACCGAUUCCAGAUAAUUUACCACUAAGCAUUGCUGCUCUAUUGCCGACUGGUGCUUUGUUGGCCAUGAAUGCCGUCUUCAAGGCAUACGAAGUGGUUACAGAAUUGUCGAAGAAGCGUCCAGCUGAGGAGGCAAAUAAGAAAUUUAAAAUACUUAUUGUCGGUACCGGUGGUUUGGCGUUGUGGGCUGUACGCAUCGCAACACACCACUUUGCCUCGACUGGCGCCAACAAUUAUGUGGACGUGACUGUCGCCAGUCUGCGGGAUGAGGGCUUCCGCUUGGCCACAGAGAUUGAAAAUGUCAGCGUUGUGCAGUGGAAUGAAUGCCUCUAUGAGCCACAACUGAUUGAGCGCACCAAGGAUGUGUGCGGCGGACCGGUGGAUGUUGUCAUCGAUUUCGGUACAACAUCUCGCAGUCUGCAUCGUUCAAUGCACUGCCUGUCUAAGGGCGGCGUUGUGCUUAUGAGUGAGGAUGUGGCUGAGAAAUUGAUGCCCAAAUUUUCACGUUUGUCAAUCGAAUAUCAGCAAGAGAUUAUUCCCAUAUCAAACGGUACAGUGGAACAGCUGCACGAGUUAGUACAGUUAGUGGCUAGCAAAACGAUCGAACCCAUACCACAUUCGGUGUUUCCCUGCGAACAAGCAACAGAGGUCGUGCAGAAACUAUGCACCUCCGAGAUACCCGGUCGUGCCCUAUUGAAAUUUCACGAUAUCGAAUAGAUCACAACUAACCGAAUGUCACGGCUGUAACGGCGACAUCACAAGUAUUUCUUUCACAACUCCACUCCAACCGCAAGGAAUGGUAUAUGGACGCGCGAUCCUACGCUGGCAUAUAAUGAUUAUUUAACACAUAACCAACAGGAAUUAUUUGUAUGUUUAUUCUAGCAGAGGAUAAUAAUAUUUUAGAUUUAAAUCAGAAAAAAAUUCAACAACAACAAAUUUAUAACCUUCAUGGAUAGGAAAAUAUGUAGCAUUGGUCGUCAGCACAAAAGCCAAUAAGCACGAGUAACCAGUGUAAUUUAACGAAAAAAAAUUGGUGUACAAAAAUUCUUUAAACCAGAAGUUUUUGUUUAUAAUACAUACGAUUUUCUAAACGCUUUUGACGACCAAUGCAACAUAUGCCCACAUUGUAAUAACGGUUCAUUAAUGCAAAUCACACACACACACUUAAGCAUCACAUAUAGUGUAGGUACAUAAGAUAUACAUAUACCUAAAACAUGAAAACAUGGUAUUAUCUAAAAAAUAUGCAUUCAUGCCAAUAUUGAAAACACACUCAUCCGAAAAAACUAUCGAAAAAGGAUAACUAGCUAUGUAGUAGCACAUAUGCACACACGCCUAUGAACUCUCAAAUAUGUUUGCUGAAGUCGUAAAAAUUUAAAUUCUAAUAAAAGUGACUGAAUUCGUAGAUCGCUCAGGGGCCAGCGGCAUGAAUGCAAUACUUACAUAUGCACACAUACAUAUAUUUACAUACAUCUAAGUUUAAUGGAAACACAAGAUCAUACAUUAUCGGAAAUGUACACAAAAUUCUGAACAUUUGUUGGCUUCUUGUCGCGUUUAACGAAAAGUGUAGUUUUUACUUUUUUAUUCACCAACUUAGACGGUUCAUCACAAGACCCAAACAUACAUAUA